UUCCUGAAUAAAAAUAGAAUGAUAAAAAAAUAACAAGUGCAUCUGAUAUAAUUGAAUAUAAUAAAUAAUGGGCAGAUAAAAUUAAAAAAACAGAGCCUUAAUUCUUCUCUUAACUUUCGAUUGCUUAAAAUCCUUAGUUUUUAUGGAUUGGAUGUGCAGAUAGUCGUGUACCAGCUGAAAGAUUAACUGGACUAGGGCCAGGUGAACUUUUUGUACAUAGAAAUGUUGCUAAUUAAGUAAUUCAUACAGAUUUGAAUUGUCUUUCUGUAGUUUAAUUUGCUGUUGAAGUAUUAAAGGUUACAGAUAUUAUUAUUUGCGGACAUUAUAAAUGUGGUGGAGUAAAUGCAGCUUUAAAUAACACCAAAUUAGGUCUUAUAAAUAAUUGGCUUCAUCAUAUUAGAGAUGUAUAUUUAAGAUAUAAAAAUUAGUUGGACUAAAUAGAAAAAUUUGAAGAUAAAAGUGAUAGAAUGUGUGAAUUAAAUAUUCUUACAUAAAUGUAUAAUUUGAGCAAUUCUACUAUUUUAUAAGAUGCAUGGGAAAGAGGGCAGAAAGUAAAUAUUUAGGCAUGGAUUUAUGAUUUGAAAGACGGACUUAUAAAAUAAUUAGAUAGUGUAUGCGAGGGAGGAGAUUAAGAAAAAAGACAUGAUUUCCAUUAUUUUUUUCUUAACUAUCACUUGCAUAAACCCCUUAGUUUUUAUGGAUUGGAUGCUCAGAUAGUCGUGUACCAGCUGAAAGAUUAACCGGUCUUGGGCCCGGUGAGCUUUUUGUACAUAGAAAUGUUGCUAAUCAAGUAAUUCAUACAGAUUUAAAUUGUCUUUCUGUUGUUUAAUUUGCUGUUGAAGUACUUAAAGUUACUGAUAUUAUUAUUUGUGGGCAUUAUAAAUGUGGUGGUGUAAAUGCUGCUAUUAAUAAUACUAAAUUAGGUCUUAUUAAUAAUUGGCUUCAUCAUAUUAGAGAUGUAUAUUUAAGAUAUAAAGAAAAGUUAGAUUAAUUAGACUUUGAAGAUAAAAGUGCUAAAAUGUGUGAAUUAAAUAUUCUUGCGUAAAUGUAUAAUUUAAGUAAUUCUACUAUUAUAUAAGAUGCAUGGGGAAGAGGACAAGAAGUUAAUAUACAUGCAUGGAUUUAUAAUUUAAAUAAUGGACUUAUUAAUGAAUUAGAUUAUUGUUAAGGAAAUGGAGAUUAGGAUUUAAAAUUUUAUGUUGCAGGUUAUGAACCCAUAUAUGCAGUUGUGCAUUAUCUAAUAGGAGUGUAAGUAUUCACUUAAUUUCGCUAAGAUAAAAUUACUGAUAAUAAUAAAGGAAAUAUGA